CAUAUGGAAGGGUCCGUCGACUUUUGCUGACAGCUUGUAGUUUUUGACACAUUUUGUUGAAUUCAUCUUGGUUGUGAAUCUGUUGCUCAAAUGGAUUGUAGACCAGGAUCUGGGAAAUACAGAGUUGAGAGGGAAGUCCUGGACGAGCAGAGACUAGAAGAGCGAUCAAAGAGGAAAACGCUCUCACAAAUCAACAAACCUCUAAGUGAUCGUCUAAAAGACUCCUUAAGAUGCUCGCUGCCAAAACUAAAGCGAAGUGUAAUGAGCAGCUUUCCCGUGCUAUACUGGCUGCCAAAGUACUCGGUCUGGGACUAUGGGAUGCCCGACCUGGUCUCAGGGAUCAGCGUGGGGAUAAUGCACCUGCCACAAGGUUUGGCCUACGCACUGCUGGCUUCUGUACCUCCUGUAUUUGGACUCUACACAUCUCUCUAUCCGGCUUUAAUUUACUUAUUUUUUGGAACAUCGCGUCACAUUUCCAUUGGUACGUUUACCGUCCUCAGCAUCAUGGUGGGCAGUGUGACGGAGAGACUUGCUCCAGAUGAGAUGUUUCUGAUUACAAAUGGGACCAACUCCACUUCUGGAGUAGACAUAACGGCCCGGGACGCUUACAGGGUGCAGGUGGCAGUCGCUACUACCUUCCUUGGAGGAGUUAUUCAGGUGCUGUUGGGCGUUAUAAAGUUCGGAUUUGUGGGAACAUAUUUAUCUGAACCUCUGGUGCGAGCUUACACGUCUGCUGCUGCAGCGCAUGCUUUAGUGGCCCAACUCAAGCACUUAUUUGGAAUCUCUCCAAGGCGGUUUAGUGGCCCUCUGUCGCUGGUUUAUACUCUGCUGGAUGUUUGCCUCUCGUUGCCACGAACCCAUCUUCCUACUUUGCUGGUCGGCUCAGUGUCGAUCGUGCUUCUGAUUGCAGCGAAGGAGCUCAACUCGUUCCUGAGCACGAAGCUGCCGGUGCCCGUUCCUGUGGAGCUCAUCGCAAUUGUCGCAGCGACUGUAAUAUCAUCCACUGCACAUCUAUACAACAACUACAGUGUUUCAGUUGUUGGAGAGAUCCCAAGUGGCUUAAGCGCUCCCACUGUACCCGACCUGAGUCUGUUUGGCGAGGUUAUUGGCGAUGCUUUUGCUCUGGCCAUUGUUGGAUAUGCCAUUUCUAUUUCCCUUGGAAAAACAUUUGCACUGAAGCAUGGCUACAAGGUGGACAGUAACCAGGAGCUGGUGGCGCUGGGUCUCAGUAAUGCAGUGGGAAGCUUCUUCCAGUGUUUCUCCGUCUGUGCCUCCAUGUCUCGAAGUCUCAUCCAAGAGACCACCGGAGGCAAAACCCAAAUGGCUGGCGUGGCGUCUGCUCUCAUCGUGCUGGUGACCAUACUAAAACUUGGGAUGCUGUUUCAGGAGCUGCCCAAGGCCGUCCUGGCGUCAAUUGUGCUUGUGAAUCUGAAGGGCAUGUUCAAGCAGUACUUUGACGUCGUUACACUGUGGAGGAGAAGCAAGGUUGAUCUGGUGGUUUGGUUAGUCACCUGGGUGUCAACAAUGCUGCUGAAUCUGGACCUGGGUCUGGCUGCGUCCAUCAUCUUUGCUCUGUUCACAGUCACCUUCAGGACUCAGAUGCCAACUUACUCUGUUCUGGGAAAUGUUCCCGGCACAGAACUCUAUGUGGAUAUAGAGACACACGGAGAGGCCAGAAACGUUCCAGGUGUGACUAUUUUCCGCUCCUCUGCUACAAUUUAUUUCGCCAACGCUGAGCUCUACCUGGAGGCCCUGAAGGAGAAGAGUGGGCUUGACAUCAGCAAAAUGAUUAUCUACAAGAGGAGGCAGGAGGCCAAGCAGAAGAGAAGAGAACAGAGAGCUGAAAGACGAGCAAAGAGAAAGGCUAAGAGAGAGAAAAAGGCACAAAAAGCAACUAAACAGCAUUCUGGACCUCCAGAGAUCUCCGUGGAGGAGGUGGACACGAGUAUAGACAUGACAGCUGCAGAGAAGGAGGACCAGAGCUGGACUGAGAGGGAGAACGGGACAGUGUUUGUGAUCCCAACCCUUCCCCGCACGCCUGACUGCUGCUCCCGGUGGGAGUAUCUUAAAGGGGGAGAUCCAGACAGCACCAGUUUGGGAUGGAUAUCGGAGCUGCAGGACGGGGACACCACCACUCUGGGCUCCAGCAGCGAGGACACUCUGAGUCGGGAUCUCGAGCAGGUGUCUCUUGGGUCUCUGGGCAAGUGGACCUGGGACAUCCACUCCAUUAUCCUGGACCUGUCCACGGCUAACUUCAUUGACACAGUGGCCACACAGACACUGAAAAAUAUCUUCCGGGACUUCAGCGAGAUCGAUGUGGAUAUCUACAUUUCUGGCUGUCAAGCAUCUGUUGUACAACAGCUAGAGCUCGGCGACUUCUUCUCCGAAACAAUAACAAAACAGCAUCUUUUUGUGUCGGUUCAUGAUGCUGUGCUCCACUGCCUCAAUCAUCGUGGAGCUGCAUCGCUCCCCAGAUACGACCCAAUACAGGCCCUGCACAGCAGCACAAAAUUUUAACAGCACCAACUUCUCAGAAGAUUCUCAGAAGAAGAUGGAUGUGAAGGAAACGUCACGGGUUAUGAAAUUCAAUGGAAGGACGGAGUCGCAGAGCAAAGCUCUUAACUCCAUUCAUUUGGUUCGAAUAGCCUCCUGAAGUCACGUUAGGCCGGUGUUGUUGUUGUUGUCACAUAACACAAAAUCUAAUUGUGCACUUUCGCUCAGAGAAGGCUGCACGUACCGGGUUCAGUCCUUGGAGACUGCCACUAUGGGUUCCUGAGCAAGACCCUUAACCUCAGAUUGCUCCCCAGGCGCUGUAAGCAACCCACUGCUACCCGAGGGAUGGGUUAAAUGCAGAAGACAAAUUUUGUUGGACUUUAUACAAUUGCAAUGAUAAAUAAAGAUUACUGAUCUCUAAUUAUAAUGUAACUACCGUGUUACAAGCAGCCUUUCACAAAGAUACCAUUUGUUCACAUUUGUACUUUUGAAAAGUUUGCUCUGUUGCACAGAAAAAUGUAUUCUAGCACCAGCAUCACAAGCCCUAACUGUGACCAUUUAUCUGCAACCCAGGUAAAGAAAAAGUACAAAAUAAUUUUGAAAUAUCUUUCAAUGCAAUAGCAUAAUCUCACCUCCAACCUGUAAUUUACUUGGAAAUCAUUAUUUUGAACAAACACAAGGAUAUUUCAAUUCAAAUUUAGCAAAUUUGCAACUUUCAUGUACUGGAAACGUGUGACCGUAACAAACCAGGAAAUGAAUAUAAGACCAAGGUUGAUUCCACUUAAAAUGUGACUAUAUAAUUAAUCUGAACAAUGAAAAUAUUCAGCUUUAUCUGUUAACUCUGGAGGGGAUGUAAAAUCAUUUUGGCACUUUAUGAAGAUGGUAAGGGAGGAUUUCAAAAAAUAUCUUAAUAAGCCAAUUGUUGGAAAUCUCCAGCUAAUCUUUCAUUGUGACAGUAUGCUACUGAAAAAAUGCUGUUGUAAAUUAGCAGAAAACUUGACAUAACAUAGAUAAUGAGCUUAAGGAUCUGUCAAAUCCUGCAUCAGAUAUUUUAAAGACGUAACUUUCAAACCCUGUUGGUGCAGAUAGUUGGUUUAAGUCUUAUUUUUCUGCUCUUCUCUACUUUUUUUUUGGACAUUCCUCAUUUUUAAAAACCUACGGUGCAUAGUAUGCUAUUCUGAUGAGACACAAGGGCUGGACCCAAAGCAAACAAGCAAAAAAAAAAAAAAAAAAAAAAAACCCAGCCAAAGUCUAAAAUCUUUAAAAUGCUACAGAAAGCCAGGAGAACUGCUCAUUAAGAGCAUUUUAACAGUUUAAAAUACACUCUGCCUCCCCGGAUGCAAAGUGAAAACAAAUGAAGAAAACGAUUUGAAAAAUUUGCCACUCUGUGUACUUUUGCUUAUGUUUUCUCUUUCAUUUUGUUGUCAUGUUGAAUAAAGUGUUAUUUAAGCAUAUUUAAAGUUUUGUGAGAAAAGAGGGAUGCAGAAGACAGUAGAGAUUCAUUACAUUUUAUUUGGUGCUGUAACAGUGACAGAGUGCAUUUUCAGUAUAAUAAAUAAAUAAAAUUAACUCUG